AUGUGUGUGAGAGAGACAGAGAGUCUGAUCUAGUUCUACGAACAUAUUAUACAUUUGCCCUCAGGAAGCUUACAAUGCCCUCCUGACCACUUUGAUGUCUCACCCCACCAAGCGCUCCCUCAGCAACACUACCACCUCCUCGUCCGGCGGCGCUUCCCCUCAUUUUCCUCCUAUGAAAAAAGCCAAGUCCCAGGCCGUGGCUUGCUCUCUCGACCCCAAGAACGGCCUCCAGCCACCACCCCACCCACCUCCUCCCUCUUCCCACCACUUCCCUGACGACGACUUCGACCCCUCCGCCAUGGCCCUUGACGAUGAUCUCAAGCCCGACGAUGCCGACGCCGCGGCCUGUAGCAGACCUUCAGCUGGUGGUGUCACCGCCAAUUUGUCCCGUAAAAAGGCCACGCCUCCUCAGCCCGCCAAGAAGCAGCUUGUUAUCAAGCUCCUCAAAGUUUGAUGGAGCAUAGUGGCGGCAAUGUUACGGCUAAUCAUAUGCAAUUCUUGCUGUGGAACUUGGAAUUGCUCUGAUUUUUGGGAUCUGGGUUAGUGUUCUCCCGCUUGAACAGAGUAAAAAAGGCUCCUUUUAAACAGGGGAAAAGCCUCUUCUGAAACGGAUAUCGCCUUCUCAAACACUGUAUGCUGGGUGCCCAGGCCAGGAUAUGCCCAAAGUAGGGAUUUUUCUUGAUGGAUCGAAGUUAGGGUUUGUCUAUGUACUGUCUAAAUUAUCAUUUUUUUUUGGGUUGAGGAUUCCUUUUACCAACGUUUUUCUGUUAUUUGGUGUGGUCUGCGCAAUAAAAAGGCAAGCAGUGGUCUGCGCAAUAAAAAGGCAUGCUUGCUAAGUUUCAGAAAAAUUAAGUGUAGGUUCUUUGGUAUUUUUCAGGUAACUGGGGGUUUACUUUGAGUCAAAUUGUGUAUUUAACUGAAUGGGGGCUUGAAUUUCAUGCAUGUCAAUUUUCAAUCUUAGUUUGAAACUUAAAUUGA